CAGAUCUGAAAUCCAUGCGGUGCAGUUACUUGUUCCAAGGCAGAGCAAAACCACACCACUCCUCCAGCCUAAAGGAUCUGGCAGGUGUUUAGAUACAUAAGACGUUCUCACGGAGUAUCUUCUUUCAGGCUUUCAACACCCAGCUUCCAGCACCCCUGAGCUAAGUCCAUGGCCAGCAAAAAUAACUUGACAGAGCUGGUCAUCACUGGGUUUUUUUGGGGUACAGAGGUGCAGAGAGCAUGCUUUGUGCUCUUCCUGCCCGUCUACCUGGCCACACUGCUGGGCAACGGCCUCAUCGUCCUGACGGUCAGUGUCAGUCAGAGCCUGCACUCCCCCAUGUACUUCUUCCUGGGCUACCUGUCCCUGGUGGAGAUCUGCUACUCCUCCACUGUGGUGCCCAAGUUCAUCGCGGACCUGCUCGCCAAGGUCAAAACCAUCUCCUUCCAGGGCUGCCUGGCUCAGAUAUUCUUCUUCCACUUCUUUGGGGUCAUCGAGAGCCUCCUGCUGGUGGCGAUGGCCUAUGACCACUACGUGGCCAUCUGCAAGCCCCUUCACUAUAUGAGCAUGAUGAGCCGCCAACUGUGUCGCCUCCUGGUGGUCGGUUCCUGGCUGGGGGGCUUUCUUCACUCCAUCAUUCAGAUUCUCAUCACCAUCCCGCUGCCCUUCUGUGGCCCCAAUGUGAUUGACCACUACUUCUGUGACCUCCACCCCUUAUUCAAGCUGGCCUGCACCGACACUUUUAUGGUAGGAAUUAUUAUAUUUGUCAACAGUGGAAUCAUCUCCAUCUUCUCCCUCAUGAUCUUGCUAUGCUCCUACAUCGUCAUCCUGCUCAGCCUGAGGAACCAUUCUGCGGAGGGGAGGCGCAAGGCCCUCUCCACCUGUGCAGCUCACAUCACGGUGGUUGUCUUGUUUUUCGGACCCGCCACCUUCCUCUACUUACGUCCCGCCUCCACCUACACCGAGGACAAGCUGGUGGCUGUGUUCUACACGGUCAUCACUCCCAUGCUGAACCCCAUCAUCUACACACUCAGAAAUGCGGAGGUGAAAAUCGCCAUCAGGAAGUUGUGGAGCAAAAAGACACAAAUGGAGUGA